AUGCCAUUUGGUCAGAUUGUUAUAGGGCCACCAGGUUCAGGGAAAUCAACGUAUUGCAAUGGUGUUGUCCAAUUUUUCAAUGCUAUCGGCAGAAAGUCAUCGGUUAUAAAUUUGGAUCCAGCAAAUGAUAGAUUACCUUAUGAUUGUGAAUUAGAUAUAAGAGACUUCAUAACGCUAGAGGAGAUCAUGGAAGACCAAAAUUUAGGACCAAACGGUGGGAUGAUGUAUGCCUUAGAGUCACUUGAUGAUUCCAUAGACUUGCUAAUAAAGAAGAUUGAAAAAAUCUCUGAACAUUCUUAUAUUGUAUUUGAUUGUCCAGGCCAAGUGGAAUUAUUCACCCAUCAUUCAUCAUUACACAAGAUUUUCAAGACAUUAGAGAAAAAAUUAGAUAUAAGGUUAUGUGUGGUGAGUCUUAUUGAUUCAUUCUACUUAACAAGUGCUUCUCAAUAUAUUUCAGUCUUACUUUUAGCUCUACGAUCAAUGUUACAACUUGAUUUACCACAUGUUAAUGUUUUCAGCAAGAUAGAUCUUGUUUCCAACUAUGGUGAACUGCCUUUCAAUCUAGACUACUAUACAGAGGUCCAAGACCUUUCGUAUUUGAAACCACAUGUUGAAAAAGAGUCAAAUUCAGUUUUAGGGAAAAGAUAUUCAAAAUUGACAAACUAUAUAGCAGAACUAGUGGAAGAUUUCAACCUAGUAUCAUUUGAAGUUUUGGCAGUGGAGGACAAACAAUCGAUGAUUAAUCUGUUGAGUGUGAUAGAUAAGGCAAAUGGAUACAUGUUUGGUUCUACAGAAGUUGGUGGCGAUACUGUUUGGGCCGAAGCUACAAGACAAGGUGGUGCAGCAGACGUGGACAUUCAGGACAGGUGGAUUGAAAAUAAGGCCAAGUAUGAUGAAGAGGAAGCUAAACGCAGAAAGGAAAUGAUUGAGGAAGCUGAAAAGAUGGAAAAACCGUUUGAUGUUGAAGAUGAAUGGGAAUCUGCAUUGAAAGAUUGGGAGGAAAACCACGCUACCAUCCGUAAAUAA